ACAGUAGAGUACAGCAAUGGAGGAAACCGCAGCAGAGUCCUCAUUGCAUGUCUUUAGACUCAGUUUCGAAACAAAGGUACACGGAUUUAACAAACAAAUAUGUUGGACGUGAUCCGUAUUUAAUGAAAAUGAGUGAGUUUACCCCAGAAUUAACGGCUUUGCCGAGAAUAGAGUCUGUUGAUAUUACAAACUACCUGGUCCUUCAGACAUCGUUCUACACUAAACAACAAAUGAAAGCAUAUAAAAGUCUGGAGGCAUAUAAUUUUUUUUAUUAGCGGGUGGGUCCACACCCUCGGUACUAAACGGCUCCGUAAUGAUUAUCGUCUGGUAUUCGCCAGGGUAAACCACUCACAAAGAUCGAGUGAAACACCUCUGAAGACGUGGAUUAUUUCGAAGGAAGAUGGUGAAGUUAUUGCAGCUCAUUGCAACUGCAUGGCAGGACUAUCGGAGUCAUGUUCUCAUGUGGGGGCAGUCCUGUUCUCCAUUGAAGCCGGGGUGAGAAUGCGAGACUCUGCUUCUUGUACAUCUGAGCAGUGCAAGUGGUUGAUGCCAUCACAUGUUAAAUAGGUAACAAUAAUCAGAGAAUGUCAUUUCUGAUCAACAUGGAAGACUAGGCUAACUAUGAGAUGUAAAUGAUUAGGUUGUGCCCUAUUGUUUAUGACUUUGUUCUGGUUCAGUUACAAGGAUCUAAUAUUUUGUAGACAAGUUGAUUACAUAUCCUCGUCUACAUUUUAUUUUCCCAGAGAUAUUAGAUAUUAAUCAUGAUUUUUUUGACUCCUUUUAAAUUUUACUUGUACAAAAUGCACAGAGGGCUCACGCUCUCACCCCAUUAUGAGGAGGAGGUUCAUUUUUCAACUUGCCUACCCGAUUAUAUUAUCCCCUCUGGUGGAAUAUUCACAAACUUAGAGGAGCAAACACUUAGUGCAUUUAAUCAAAUAUCAAGACCUACUGUAAGUUUUCAAGAACCAUUCAAGCAUGAGAUAGAAACGGCUGCUGACUUGUCACUUCUUGCCCCUAGUGAGUAGCAGCAAAAGCUGUGAUUUCUUCUGCUGCUUUGUAUAAUCUCAUGGCUCUGUCUGGAUUUUUCCAAGUUCAAUCCCUGACCUCUUGUCCACAUAGUCUCUCCUCUUUGUAAACAUUAUUUUACGGCAGCGUAGAGCUGCCACCCUACGCAAAAUAAAAUUGGAGCGAUAUCACGUUAUAACAUAUUAACUUUAUUGUUCUAACAAUAUAACUUUCACGUUUGUACAAUAUAAUUAUCACGUUUGUACAAUAUAACUUUAACGUUUGUACAAUAUAAAUAUCAUGUUCAUACAAUAUAAUUAUCACGUUUGUGCAAUAUAAUUAUCACGUUUGUACAAUAUAUAUAAAUAACACGUUUUGAGUGAGUGAGAAAAUGUCUCGUCUAUCGGAACUCAUUAAAUUCUAUUUCAUGCUUGGAUUGAGGCACGGAGAGAUGUUGCUCUUGAUGAGCAGCUUGGACGGUAUUGAAAUAAGCAUGCGGACGCUGAGAAGGAACUUAAAACGCAUGGGGCUGUACAGGAGGAAGAAUGACUCCGAUCCGCUGGAGGUUGCUGCAUUUCUCAUAGAUCAACUGCAGGGGUACGGGAGGCUUCAUGGAUACAAACUACACCACCUGAACUGCAUUCAGGCGGGUUAUGUUGUCACGCAGAGCACUGUGAGACAUUUACUGAAAUAUAUUGACCCUCAUGGGGUUGCGCAAAGACGCAGAAAUCGCCUAACGCGCCACACGUAUGUUAAUCCUGGACCGAAUUUCAUGUGGCAUGUUGACUCCUAUGACAAACUAAAACCAUUUGGAAUCUGCAUAAAUGGAGCGAUUGAUGGCUUUUCAAGAGUAAUGAUUUGGCUUCAUGCCUAUUCAACAAACAACGACCCCAAAGUCAUCGCAGGAUAUUUCAUCACAGAAGUUGAGAAGAGGAUGGGCACAGCUGCAAGGAUUCGCUCUGAUUUAGGAACAGAAAAUGUCAUAAUGGCUGAGAUGCAGAGAUUCCUGCGAUGGACUCAGGAUCAAAAUGUCAGAAACAGUUUUAUCACUGGGUCCAGCAAUCACAAUCAGCGAAUUGAAGGCUGGUGGGCGUUUCUGAGACGGCACCACGCUCAGCACUGGAUGAAUCGUCUCCAGGAACUAAAGGACAAAGACUGUUUCUCUGGAUGCUUCUUGGACAAGCAGCUCAUAUUGUUUACCUGCCUGAACAUCAUUGAGGAGGAGCUGCAGCAAGUUGUGCAUUUGUGGAACACCCAUAUCAUCCGCAGAAGCAGACAUGCAAUUGCUCCAAGUGGACGUCCAAUUCUUAUGUACACCAUUCCACAUCUUUUUGGAGGACAUGAUCAUCUGAGAGAGGUUUCUCAGGAGGCAGUGGAUGCAUGUAAAGAAGAAUGCCAAAUGAGAGGACCAUAUACCUGCGAUGAAACAGUAUUCAGCCUGUGUUGCCUUUUAAUGUCAGAGAACUUCUUACUUCCACCAAGCACAGCAGAUGAAGCCAUUGAACUGUAUCUCUUCCUGAGAGCCUACAUACUGAAGGACUUAUAAACUUCAAAAAACAUUUGGAAUGUAUGGAAGUAUUGCAACAUAUUUGCAUAUAUUUAUACCAUAUUGAUAUCAUUGGUGAUCAAAUGUCCAUGUGAUCACCACCUGUGUUUAGUUUCUUUGAUACUUUUUGUCCUAUAGUAAAUGAUACAACUAGAAUUCAAAUUUAGAGAAAGAUAUGUUAUCUGCUUCCUUUUUUGAAAAAACAAGAGAAUGUUAUUUUCUGAAGUUAGAUUUUAAAACUAAAGGUAAUCUGAUUGAUUUUGGGAUGUUAUCUUUUCAAAUCUGUCUUUUCACAGCUUUAUAUAAACAAUAUUGUUCAUUUUUAUAUGAUUUUCCGAAACAGUCAUGGGAAUUUCCUUGGUUUUGUUU